CCCUCUAGCCCUUUCUUUAUAGCUUCAGAUAGCUCCAAGCUCCCUUCGCUUCGCACCCUUUGCUCCUCCAGUCUCGUCGUCACUUCUCCAUACCCGCUCUCACAGGCAUAAUCUCCCCACAUUGCUCCCGAAGGUUUUGGCAUAAUCACCUGGAAACCUAGUACAUAAUGGCUGAAUCGACAGGUCGUCCAAGAGUUUACUUCGACAUUUCAAUUGGAAACAGGCAGGAAGGCCGUGUUGUGUUCGAACUGUUUAAUGAUGUUGUCCCAAAGACCGCUGAGAAUUUCCGUGCCCUUUGCACCGGAGAAAAGGGAAUGGGAAAGCAGGGGAAGCCUUUGAGCUAUAAAGGAUCCAUCUUUCACCGCGUAAUCAAGCAGUUCAUGAUUCAAGGUGGUGACUUCACUGAAUUCAACGGAACUGGGGGCGAGUCGAUCUACGGCGAGAAGUUUGAUGACGAGAAUUUCGACCUGAAACAUGACCGCCCGUUCCUGUUGUCGAUGGCCAACUCUGGUCCCGGCACCAAUGGCAGCCAGUUUUUCGUGACCACCGUCCCAACUCCCCACCUUGACGGAAAGCAUGUUGUAUUCGGAGAGGUGAUCAAUGGCCGAAGCAUUGUGCGCAAGAUUGAGUCACAAAAGACCAAUCCAAACGACAAACCUCUCAUGGAUGUUAAAGUUACUGAUUGCGGCGAACUUACUGGGGAUGACUACAAGAACGCCACGCAGCGUUCUGUUGACACUACUGGUGAUACAUAUGAGGAUUACCCUGAAGACAUCACAGAAGAGUUAUCCUUGGCUCAGUAUUACAAGAUUGCUGUCGAUCUCAAGGAGUUCGGAAAUAAGGCUUUCAAAGCCGGUGAUGUCGAGCUUGGUCUAGAGAAGUAUCAGAAGGGAAUCCGCUAUCUCAACGAGGCUCCGGAGCCGUCCGAUUCUGACGCAAAAGAACUUCCAUCACAAAUUGCAGCAUUAAGAUUCACAUUGAAUUCUAAUUCCGCGCUCCUUGCCAACAAACUCAAGCGUUUCGCCGACGGUCGUUCUUGGGCUGGCUACGCUAUCAACACCGCGAAGGAUGCUGACGCCAAGGAUGCUGAUAAGGCCAAAGCGCACUACCGACGUGCUAUCGCUAGCUGCGGAUUGAAAGAAGAGGAAGAGGCAAUUAAGGAUCUACAAGAGGCGUUGGAGCUCGCGCCUAAUGAUGCCGCCAUCAUUAACGAAAUCGCUCGGGUUAAGAAACACAUCGCAGAGCAGGAUCGCAAACAGAGAGCUGCAGUCAAGAAGUUCUUCUCUUGAAUGUGGCUCCAUUGCUAAAAUCUUUCUUAUGGAUACCUUCUGCCGUGACUCUUGUCUCUCCCCGGGAUUAGCACUCUAGAGCAGAUGGUCUCGAUCCGAGCUUCUCGGUUCGCUCAAUUAUUCACGGAGUAGAAUGGAGUAGGUGUUAUAAAUCUGGCCUCGGAAAUUACAUGGUAAUCUGCGUUAUCCUCCAAUGGACCGCUUUCAGAGAGCGUAAGCAACGGAAAGCAUAGAAAUCUCAAAUUACAAUCUUAACUCGA